GUCGUCGUAGACCUCGAAUGGCAAUAUUAAUCGGUACGCCUUGCGGUAGGCUGCUGGUCUUGGUAAUAUCGGGAAACGGUGGAGUGUCUGGGGCAGGUUUGCGGUGGCGCUGUUGUCGAUGCGGAAGCGAAGACUCGUCAGUUGGGAGAGAUAUCAUAUCCGAGCGUGGAAAGUCGGGUGUUGUGUCGUCGUUGUUGGUUGUGCGGAACUUCGAAAAACUCUGUUGCAAUGUCGUUCUUUCUUUCGAUGUCUGGUGGUGGAGGAAAUUCUCCAGGUAGGCACGACCCGAAGGGAGGUGCAAUGGUCAGAGUGGAUGCAUGCACUGGAUUAGAUGCCGCGUUAUCCUAGCUACUUGCAUCUCGGGUCUUGGCGCAUUUCCCACGCCGACUCGAAUCUCUCCCACCAUCACG